CACUAGCGUCACAGCGCACACACAUUCUCCUUCGCCCGUAUUCAACAUGGCGGCCAAACUAGAGAUCAAGCAAGACCCGGAUCGUGCUGAUAGCUACCGUGUAGCUGUAACUCCAGAUGCACCAAGUCAGCAAAAAUCCCCAAAGAAGAAAAAGAAGGGUAAAAAAGACUUAGAGGAACUCAAACAAGAAAUUGAAAUUGAUGAUCACAAAAUACCUUUUGAUGAAUUGUAUGCAAGAUACCAAACAAAUCCCAAUACGGGUCUUACAACAGCACAAGCAAAAGAGUUUUUAGCAAGAGAUGGACCUAAUGCAUUGACACCCCCAAAGAAAACCCCCGAAUGGGUAAAAUUUUGUGCCAGCUUAUUCGGUGGUUUCUCAACAUUACUCUGGAUUGGAUCAAUUCUUUGUUUUUUUGCAUAUAGUAUUCAAGUUGGAACGGAGGAAGAACCGCCAAAUGAUAACCUCUAUCUCGGUAUUGUAUUGGCCGCUGUGGUCAUAAUUACGGGAUGUUUCUCGUACUACCAAGAGUCAAAGAGUUCUAGGAUUAUGGACAGUUUUAAAGACAUGGUUCCUCAGGAAGCAUUGGUGAUCAGAAGCGGUGAAUGGCUCACAAUAAAUGCAGAAAAAAUUGUUGUUGGGGACAUAGUUGAAGUAAAAGGUGGUGACACGAUACCAGCUGAUAUUCGUAUCAUUGAAUCUCGUAGUAUGAAGGUUGAUAACUCUUCGCUUACUGGAGAGUCUGAACCACAGUCAAGGUCGCCCGAGUUUACCAGUGACAAUCCCUUGGAAACUAGAAAUGUUUGCUUCUUCUCCACCAAUGCAGUAGAAGGUACUGGCCGUGGUAUUGUCAUUCAAACUGGUGACAAAACUGUGAUGGGACGUAUUGCAAACUUGGCUAGUGGUUUGGAAGUUGGCGACACUCCAAUUGCCAAAGAGAUUGCUCAUUUCAUUCACAUCAUCACCUCAGUCGCUGUGUUCUUGGGUGUCACUUUCUUCAUUCUGGCUAAGAUUUUGGGCUAUGGUUGGUUGCAAGCUGUUAUUUUCCUCAUUGGUAUCAUUGUUGCUAAUGUACCUGAAGGUCUCUUGGCUACUGUGACAGUGUGUUUGACUCUGACAGCUAAACGUAUGGCCAGUAAAAAUUGCCUGGUGAAGAACUUAGAAGCUGUGGAAACUCUUGGAAGUACCUCAACCAUCUGCUCUGAUAAAACUGGUACCUUGACCCAGAACCGAAUGACUGUCGCUCACAUGUGGUAUGAUAACCAAAUCGUUGAGGCUGACACAACAGAAGAUCAGUCAGGUAAUAACUCCGGGAAUAAUUCCGGUACCUCCCAUGACAGAAGCUCUGAUACGUGGAGAGCACUAGGUCGCAUAGCGGCACUCUGUAAUAGAGCUGAAUUCAAAGCUGGACAGGAAACUGUACCAAUAUUGAAAAGAGAAACAACUGGUGAUGCUUCAGAGUCGGCAUUGAUGAAGUGUGUUGAGUUAACAGUCGGUAAUGUCAAACAAAUGAGAGAAGACUACAAAAAAGUUGCAGAAAUUCCAUUCAAUUCAACCAAUAAAUAUCAGGUAUCAGUACAUGAACAGUCUGACCCAGAAGAUAAACGUUAUUUGCUUGUCAUGAAGGGAGCACCGGAACGUAUUCUAGAUCGUUGUACCACCGUUCUCAUGCAUGGUAAAGAAAUUCCCUUAGACGAUGAAAUCAAAGAAGCCUUCAACAAUGCCUACCUUGAACUUGGAGGACUUGGUGAGAGAGUGCUUGGUUUCUGUCAGUAUCUCCUGCCAGAAGAUGAGUUUCCACUUGGUUUUGAGUUCAAUGCUGAUGAUGUCAACUUUCCAUUAGAUGGUCUCUGCUUUGUAGGACUGAUGUCUAUGAUUGACCCCCCUCGUGCUGCUGUUCCCGACGCCGUUGGUAAAUGCCGAAGUGCUGGAAUUAAGGUCAUCAUGGUUACAGGGGAUCAUCCAAUCACAGCCAAAGCUAUUGCUAAAGGAGUAGGUAUUAUCUCUGAAGGUAACGAAACGGUAGAAGACAUUGCAGCUCGUCUUAAUAUCCCGGUAUCCGAAGUCAAUCCUAGAGAUGCCAAGGCAUGCGUUGUUCAUGGUGCCGAACUGAAAGACUUGACCAGAGAUCAGCUUGAUGAUGUUUUGCAAUAUCAUACAGAGAUCGUGUUUGCUCGUACUUCGCCACAGCAGAAGUUGAUCAUUGUUGAAGGAUGCCAGCGACUUGGAGCCAUUGUGGCUGUAACUGGUGAUGGUGUCAAUGAUUCUCCAGCUUUGAAGAAGGCAGAUAUUGGUGUUGCCAUGGGAAUAGCUGGUAGUGAUGUGAGUAAACAAGCUGCUGACAUGAUUCUCUUAGAUGAUAACUUUGCCUCUAUUGUAACUGGUGUUGAGGAAGGUCGGUUGAUUUUUGACAAUUUGAAGAAAUCCAUCGCAUACACACUGACAAGUAACAUCCCCGAGAUUACACCCUUCUUAAUGUUCAUUCUUUUGGACAUACCACUUCCACUUGGUACUGUGACUAUUCUGUGUAUUGAUUUAGGUACUGAUCUGGUUCCUGCCAUCUCCCUUGCGUACGAAGAAGCUGAAAGUGACAUCAUGAAGCGUAAGCCUCGUGAUCCUAAAGGAGACAAACUUGUAAACCAGCGUUUAAUUAGUAUGUCAUAUGGACAGAUUGGUAUGAUUCAAGCUAGUGGUGGCUUCUUUACCUACUUUGUCAUCAUGACAGAAAAUGGAUUUCUGCCAUCGCGUCUCUUUGGUAUCCGUGCCGACUGGGAUGAUAGGGAGCAGAAUAGUUUACAUGAUGCUUAUGGCUCUGAAUGGACUUAUGAUCAACGUAAAAUAUUGGAGUACACCUGCCAUACUGCUUUCUUCACAAGUAUUGUCAUAGUGCAGUGGGCUGAUGUGAUCAUUUGCAAGACCCGUAGGAAUUCCAUUAUACAUCAAGGCAUGAAGAACCACAUGUUGAAUUUUGGAUUGUUCUUUGAGACUGCUUUGGCAGUGUUCCUUUCCUACUGCCCUGGUAUGGAUGUAGCUCUACGUAUGUACCCUCUGAAAUUCUUGUGGUGGCUGUGUCCCAUUCCAUUUAGUAUUCUCAUUUUUGUAUAUGACGAAUGUCGUCGCUACAUUCUUAGACGUAACCCUGGAGGCUUUGUAGAACGAGAAACAUACUACUAAUUCAAAAGACGUCCUGCAGAACAUUCCAACGAAGCUCGCACUCAAAUUACUCCGAUCUUGUUACUAACAUCAUCUAUCAGUUAUCGCAGGAGGAAUUUCAGUGUGAUUGAAAGGCCGCAAACCAUACAAAGAUUUUGAGUGUCUGCAGGGCUCAUUUCCCAUUGUGCCCUCUUCGUCCUUCACUUUAUGACUGCAAUGGAUUCAUCCUAAUAACGAAGAAAUUUACAUACCAUCUUGAAUCUUUCUGAGUGAAAUGGGCAUUGUAAGGGUUUUUUAUUCAUAUGCAAAUGUAGUUUACUUGUACAAUGACGUUGACUGGGGGGGGGGGGCAUUUGGAAACUUGACCAGCUCCUUAAAAAAUGUGAAUGAAAUGUUUUAAUUUUUUUUUUCAUACGGUCCAUUGAUUGACAUUGGGUUAUUUGAAUUAGUUGCCAUGGCAAUGUUAAUUUGUCGCCAUGGCAGCAGAAUAUUUUGAUUGCUAAUUUGUAACUUAUUACUGACCCAUGUCUCUGUAUAUUUUUUUUUUUUUAAGUAGAGAAAAAAAAGUAAAGUUAUAAUAACAAAUCUUAAUUGCCUCCACAUACACCCAUCAGUUGUAUGCUCUGAUUACGCUUUGUAGUUUUGCAAGAGUCUCUUCUUAUUACUUGCUAGGACCCAACAAGCUGUUGAAUUAUGCACUAAUUUCUUUGAAACAAAUAAAUGGUUUUACCAAUUUGCUUCAGAACUGAAAAUAUUGUAAAAAAUGAAGUAUAUAUUACUCUCGGCAUCUUGCAAUGUGGUAAGCUUUGUGCACAGUGUCAAGACGUGUAACAGUACUCUAUCGGAGUUUUUAACUUUACUUAGGUUGCAAUUUAUAAUCAUAAUAACAAAUGACAUUACUUUAAUUUUUUUUAGCACAACCAGUUUGUAACAAAUUAACAGAUUUUAUUGUUGCAUAAGCAUACAUUGUAACUAUUCUAUUAAUGGCUGAAUGUAUCCGUCUCUGUGACGAAUCUGAAACUACGCUUUCGAAAAUACUUUCAGGGACUUUCUCAUGGUAGAUUUACCGCUUCCACUUACCCGAUUUGACCCCUAGUUUGGCUUCCUGUUAUAUCACUGCUUUUCUACCAGUCGACUAAAUAUAUAUGGCGCUAAAUUCUUUCAUGCACCUUUGUUUGACUGAUUGCAGCCUGUAUACUGCGACAAUGUUUUGUAUAUAGCAUUUACUUAAUUAUGUAACAGCACAAAAACAUUGUUGAGUUCAUUUACUGCAAAAUAUACAGUUCUGCAUUAUUAGAACCAAGUUUUUGCCCCAGCUUUUGUGCAUGGCUAUGAUGACGUAAUACAGUUGCCCACCAACUGUAUUAUGCUGCUUGCAUUGUUGUAUAGUCGGCUUGGGAAUGGUCCCCUUGCAGCGAGUUUGAGAUACACGUGGGUACAUUCAGUCAUUUUCACCAAUGUAAAUAAAUGAGCUGACCUUGUCAAGUUGUACAUCAUUAUUUUGCUUUUGAACUUUUUAUUUUUUUUCCCAGCAGUUUUAGAUGUCUGCUUUAUGCAAAUUAUAGAAAUCUGCUUUUUGAAAUUAAAAAAGAAAAUGAGAAAAAAAAUAUAAAGAAAUAAUUGAAGGUUUACUAAAGCAAUAUUAAUCACAGUGACAUUUUGUUUGUUAGAGCCAGUUAAGAUUUCGUUUGUACAUGUCUGUAAGCUGAUAAAAACGUGCCAUAUUUUAAGGAAAGUAUCUUUUCAUUUUUGUGGUUCAUAGAGAUUGCCAACGAAGCUAAAAAUGUUUUUCACAUUUUCAGUAACUUAGGUGGUCCAGUCAUGUGAUCAGCAGCAAUUCUGUUGACUUGAGUGGUUUGAUAGUGUACUCCAUCUUUUCUGGCUCUUGCAAAUACUGAUAUUCAGGGGUUGACCAUUCAAGAUUAUUGGGGGGUGGCUGAAAGAUUUGUUAAAAAAAAAAAUGCACUUGCGAGCCUGACGCAGAAAGAGAUUGCAUGCACAAAGUGUUGCAGGAUUCAAAACAAUUUAAAUAUUCGAACAAGAAACUGCAAAACAAAUAUUUCGCAAGUCGCUCUUUCAGUCCACCACCCAUGAUUUAAAAUGUUUGACCCUUUAGUUCAUUGUAUGUAUCAUUUUCACCAGAUGGACACGAUUUCUCAUGUAUAUUGUAAAAUUAAUAAUCAAAUUAAAGAUAUAUAGGAUGUUCACAAACUUUUUGAUGAUUUUAAUGUUUUGCAGAGUUCCUUGGGUUUAGUCUGUUAUGUUGGUAUUCGCCAUGGUGUGAUUAAAUAACUAGAUCUUUCAUGUGAGAAACAAAUUAUAGCAGAUUUUAAUAAAAUGUAAACAAAUUAAGUGAUUUGGUGUACAAAGCCCGGUUUGAGUGAGUCUAGGUUGGAAUAUAUUCAGUAAAAUGGUGUCUGUGGCUGCCUUUUCGUGUCCUGUUUUUAAAAUAAGUUUUAUUUCUGAUAUGCCCUUCGGCCAGUUACUGUACUUUUAUUUUUAAUUUCAAUCAAAAUUAAUGUGCCGGUGUAGAUUCGGGUAUGUUGAGUGGCGUAGUCAUGUGGGCAGUCUGCCACGAAUUUUCUUUGGUAACUUAGGUGGCUUUAUAGUAGAAAUACUUGUUCGGCUAUCCUUUAUGUUUUGAGAUUCUCUUUUUUAUUUAGACUAACAAGAAUAUUGAUCUCUGGUUUAUUAUUAGACAUGUAUUUUCAUUGAGUGAACAUCACAUUUUUAAUUUUAACUUUCCUUCAAAUAAAAUAGUUCAUCCCAAACAUUGAAGAAGCUCAUGGACCAUUCCAUUUAGGGAAUUGGGGGUAUACAAGCUAUAUUUUAGGUAAUUUGAGCUGAUUUGGUGUACGUUGCACUGUUUCUUGACGUGUAACAGUGUGGCCUGCAUGGUGCAAAAUAAAAUUAUUUCAGGAAGGUAUUUAAUUAUUUGUUUUUGUACAAUUAUUGGUAUUGUUUUAAGUCUCAUUUUUCUACCAUGAUUAUACUUGUGAAUUUCUGUGACUAGUAGGUACCGAAUGUUUUAUCUUGUGUUCCCAAUUGUCAAAUUUUUUCCUUGCAAUUAUACUGAAUAAAAACCUAGUUCACAACCA